AUAUCGAAUAUCGGUCAGCUGGUAAUCGAUAUUUUGAGGGCAUCCGGCGAUAUUUGCAAUGCCAAGGAGUUUGAGAAAAGGGAAUCACAAUGGCCAGGACAUUUUAUUCGAGUGAUGCAACUCUGGAGGAGGACACAGAGACAGUGUCGCUGCAAGAGGAGUAUCUGCCGACAUUGGAGGAAACGUGGAGUGAGGGAGAACUUGAGAGAUGCAAGAAAUGGAUUACUGAGAACAACUUCAAGAGGAUUAGUCUGCAGUUCCCGGAUACACUUCUGAGGCAGAGUGUGGCUAUCUAUGAGGAACUGAAGGGAGCAGUUGAUGCAGAAUUCUUCAUUCUGGGUGACACGAGCUAUGGGAGUUGCUGCGUGGAUGAAGUAGCUGCUUCUCAUGUUGAUUCCGACGCUCUCAUUCACUUUGGACAGUCCUGCCUCAGUCGUACUUCUAGACUUCCUGUUUUGUACAUUUUCCUCCGCUUCUGCAUCAAAAUGAAUGACUACAAGGAGAAGAUAAGAGCAGCUUUUCCUUUAGGAGAUGAACCACUGAUCAUCUUCUCUGAUACAGCCUAUUAUCACGCAAAGGACAAAUUCUGGGGCAAGUUGCCUACAAGGACAAACCUGAAGGUAGCCUCUCUAGCAACAGAUGACACAGUCAAGCCUGAGUACCUCUGUUGGUCUCUCAAUGGCUUCGAUCCUGAUGAAUGGAUUUGUGUCUUUGUGGGUGAAGAUGACCAGACAUUCUUCAAUCUGUCGCUUUCUGUGAAGUGCGAGCGAUGGUAUAUCUACAAUCCCAAGAAGGAGACACUGUCAAUAGCCACUCCCCGGACUUCUGCUUGGUUCCGGAGACGCUACUACUACGUAGAAGUGUGCAAAGAUGCCCAGAUGAUUGGUAUCAUCAUGGGAACUCUCACAUCAACGGGAUACUUAGAAAUGGCCAAAAGAAUCCAGUCCCUGGCUAGAGAUUCCGGCAAGAAGACCAUUCUAAUCUCCGUGGGAAAGAUCAAUCCAGCCAAAUUGGCCAAUUUCUCCGAUGUCGACUGUUUCGUCCUCAUCGGAUGCCCACAGAACAAUGUGUACAAUUCCAAGGAAUUCUACAAGCCCAUCCUGACGACUUUUGAGGUCGAACUGGCGCUCAAUCCGGCUUGGAAGGACACAAUUCCCGAAACUUACUGCCUGGACUUCAAAGACCUCCUGCCGGCAGGAAAGUAUCACAGGGAGUGCGAUCCAGAGCAGAAUCUCGAUGUGGAAAAUGAUGUGAGUCUCAUCACGGGACGUGUCCGGGCAGCUCAUCAGAGGAAUGGAGAGGAUAGAGGGGCUCAGAGUGAAUCUUCGGAGUUGCUAGAGAGGGAUUCUGGGGCUCUGGUCAGCAAUAGAGUUACAGAAGCUUUCCAGGAACGCUCAUGGAGGGGUCUUGAUCCUGCUCUGGGGCAGCAUGAGCCGGCACAGAUUGUGGAAGGGAGAUCAGGCAUUGCAAUGGCUUACGAAGAUAAGGAGGGUGAGUCAAAGAAGUGAUGUUCAGAGUUUAAUAAAUUAAAUUCUUUCAUGCAUAAUGA